UCAGCAGGCAGGAGGGAGGGGCAAAGCCUAUGUAAAGUGUUUGGCAAGGGCUUGCAGCCUCUCCUUGACCACAGUGACUGGGAAGGGACCGCACAUGGCCACCUACCUGGAGCUGCCCACCCGUGCGAGGAUGCCCAUCCUGGGACUGGGGACCUGGCAGUCUCUCCAGGGAACAGCCAGAGAUGCAGUGAAGUUUGCCAUCGAUGUUGGGUACUGCCACUUUGAUUGUGCUUACCUCUACCAGAACGAGAGUGAGAUUGGGGAUGCAGUACGGGAAAAAAUCAAGGAGGGGGUUGUGAGGCGAGAAGACCUCUUUAUUGUCAGUAAGCUGUGGUCCACCUUCCAUGAGAGAUCCCUGGUGAAGGAGGCAUGCCAGAAGACAAUUGCUGCCCUCCAAAUGGAUUAUUUGGAUCUCUACCUGAUGCACUGGCCCAUGGGAUUCAAGGCAGGAGAGGAGCUGUUUCCUGCAGAUGGAAAUGGCAUGAUCAUUCCCAGCGAUACAGAUUUUCUGGAUACAUGGGAGGCUAUGGAAGAGCUGGUGGAUGCAGGAAUGGUGAAGGCGAUUGGAGUCUCCAACUUCAACUGCAAACAGAUAGAUCAGCUUCUGAGCAAACCCGGCUUAAGACACAAACCUGCAAAUAAUCAGAUUGAGAGCCACCCCUAUCUUCCUCAGGAAGAGCUGAUCAAGUUUUGCCAGUCCAAGGGCAUCUCUGUCACUGCAUAUUGUCCCCUUGGGGCACCCAACUGGCCAUGGUCCAAGCCUGAGGAUAUUUCCCUUUUUGAUGAUCCCCAAAUUAAGGAAAUUGCACUCAAGUACAACAAAACCCCAGCUCAGGUGCUUAUCCGCCUCCAGAUUCAAAGAAAUGUGAGUGUAAUUCCCAAAUCUGUCACUCCACACCGCAUUGAAGAAAAUUUUAAGGUGUUUGACUUUGAAUUGGCUGAAGAGGAGAUGGGAACCUUACUGGCUUUCAAGAAGCAGUAUCGCAUUUGUACUUUAAAUGAAUGCAAAAAUCACAAGGACUAUCCUUUUUUGGGAGAGUAACAUAGGCACCACCAUCAGAUCCUCCAGGGACAGGACCAUAUAUCAUUAUUUCAAGCAAUUUGUAAUAUUUCAUGUGUAUUAAACCACAAUAUAAGUGGAAUAUGCAUUACAAGAUAGGAG